CGAUUAAACCGGAUGAAAUAUAUCACAGGGAAUAACAUUUUUAUGACCGCCCAGCAGUAACUCUAUUCAGCUGAAUAGACGUCGGUGAUUGGUUGAAAUUACAGAAAUACGACAACUUUAACAUGGAAUAACUUGCGAUGUACGUUUUUUUGUUAAGAAGACUAAGAGUAAAAGAUAUUUUAUAUGACACAUUCUACCAGUGUCCCAAGUUUCAAAGUGUUUCGUUAGUGUUUCGUUAAGAAAAUACUGGUGCCCCCGUUUUGAAAUAGAUCCACAUUCUACCAGUGUCCGAAGUUUGAAAGUGUUUAGUCACAAAGAAUUAAUUUCUCGAUCUGCCGUUCAAAGGGUAAAGAUCCCAAGAAUACACACACACGGACGGUGUUCAGCAGGUGGAACAAGUAUUCAAUUAUUGGCUGAAUUUUGACCGAUAAAUCUGUUUCCUUGCAAAGUUUCGUGAAAUACCAGUAAGAAUUGAAACAAAGUCGCUGCAGUGACAUUGCAAUCAAUUCUUUAUAUAUCUGUGCGACUCUGUUUCUAGCCCUCACUCUUUCUCCUUUUUUUUCUCUCUCUCUCGCCCUCUUACUUCUAUUUCUAGACUUUCUCCUUUCUCCUCCCUUCCCUUGUUUUGUCUCUGUUGCUCUUUCUCCAUCUCUCUUUCCUUCUUUCUCCUCUGCCUGCUGCUGACAUGUGACUUGUAACCAGCCUUUCUUUCUUUCUCUCCUUUUUUCAUUUCUGGUUGCAUAGUUGACCUGUCUUACAUUUCUGUGAACAGAAACCUUAAACUCAUCCUCCGUGGCAAAAAUACCUCACUUCGUAUACUCCUCGCUUUUCAUUGCAUGGGUUCAAGAUCAAAAAGUACAAAAACAAAAUCAAGAACAAUAACUCCAGUGAGCAAGCUGUAUAUUCAUGCGUGCUCUCCCUUCGAGUAGAAACUAUCGAAAAUGGCUACCGAACACUAGUCAACGUGUGUGUAUUGGGAUGAUCCAGCAAGCUUUGGAAACCACAUGAUCUCACGUUCGGGCCCAUUUCAUAAUAUGUAUAUUUUCAGUAUGUAUUUUUUCGUGCUUUUCCAAAAAAAAAAAAUAACAUAUCAAAAUUCGAAAUAUCUUGGAAUAAUCUGGAAAAGGGUUGAUGAAAUGUUGCAGAGACACAUUUACAGCAAUGUAGAUUACGAUUAUGUUGAUAAAAUUUUAAAAAACUGAUGAGGCUUUUAUAUCAUUGUCUUCACCUGGUCUUUGUUUCCUGUUUGUUUCAGAUUGAAUUACAAAUAUAAACGAUGUUGCAUCCUAAAUAAGGCAAACGGAAAUUGAUGCAAAAUAAUCAGUUAUGUAGUUUUCGUUUCGGCAGAAGAUUGAGCGAAAUGGCAGAUCCUAGUAUUACUGAUUGGUCAGUCUUACCAAUUGAUGAAGAUUCUGUAAAUAUAACUUGGAUGACCGGCAAUGGAACUUCUGAAUAUGAAAACUUUUACUUUCUUGAAUAUAGGAAAAUGGGUGACAAUUUCACAGAAAAUUCUUUGGAGUUUACCAUGCAACAAUGGCAGGUUUUAUCAAAUUUAACAUCUGGCCUUUGGUAUGAAUUCCGAGUUGUUAUGGUACAGAAUGGACUGGAAUUUCCGAGUGACUGGAAAACAUUAAUUCUUCCUAUUACAUCAGGUGAACUGGAUUUGGAUUUUCUUCAAACUACUUGGUUCUUGGUGAUGAUGAUUGCUAUUUUUGUGCUUCUUCUAGUUCUCAUCCUUGUUUGUAUCAUCAAGUGUGAUAAAGGCAGCAAAUACUAUGUGAAAGAUGAUUGCCUUUCUAAUGAUGAAGAAGAACAGAAAACUGAAGUCAAUGAUACUGAGGCAAGUGAAAAGGAUAGUUUAGAUGAAUACAAGUCAACAGCUACUGGCCAAUUCAAUGAAGAAGGAUCGAUAAUUAAGGAUUGAUAUAUUGUUACAUACAAUCCUGACGUGUUCAAGAAGCAAACCUCGGUGGCAUAUAAUCAACAGCUGUUUAAAAUGUAUUUGAUACAACUAAUGUAUUAAAUUGAUUUCUUCAAAUUUAGAAA